CCUACACCAGCCUCACACAGCCAAACUUCAUCACUUCGACCACCUGCGAUGUCGCUCACUCUCACAGUCAAAAUCGAUGACGACCAAAUCCAUUUUAUGAAGGGUCGGGGCUACGACCUCUUCAUUGCGAAGCUGGUUCAAGGUCAAGCCAAAGCCAACGUGAUUUGGAAGAGUAAAUCAGCGUACAUUAGUACCAACACGUUCCAAUGGCAACCAUUCUUCGCUAUCGCUGGGUCAGAAAAUGUUAAGCCAGGCGCCCUCGUCUCAGCUCUCACAAAGGUGAAAUCCAUCGGGUAUGGUCAGUCGAUCGAGAUCGACAAGGACGGCGUCAUCACCGACGCCUCGAACCCUGUCAAUCCAGGCCAGCCGUUCAGGAUCACCAACAGGGACUCCGAUAUCGAUCUUGCCGCAGCCAUUUACGCCGUGGACCCAGCCGACCCAGAAGCUGAACUUUCGAAUCCCUUCUUCAUCAGCAAAGUUCUUGGAAAAGACCUCACCGUCGAUAUCUUGCCGCUCGAGACCGUGGUGCUUUGGUUUGGAGCGCAUCAGGAAACCAGCACGGUCAUUGCAGACUAUUCCGGUGCCAUUUUGACAGUUGUUUAUGGCAAAGGAGAGAGUGCACACACCGCUCAGUGGACGAAAGACGGCUGGAAGCUUGUUAAAUGAUCGCGCAGAGUCCGUACUUAGUCCUGUAUAGCCAUGCGAUAGCUUUCGUCGCGUCUUGACUCUGAAUCGGCCCUUGAAUACUUCUAUAAAACUUUUACUUACAAUGUCAAUGUAUGCUCUGGCAGG